AUGAAAUUUAAAUCGACAUUUACUUUUCUUAGCAUCCUCUGCUAUGGCCUUUUGGUUUCGGCGACGCAUUUAUCAGAACGCGCGAUCGAGCCUCCCGUCAACAACAGUCUCUUUGAAUCAUUUGUGCCAUUAUCCGAAAGCCCUAAAAACGUGAUUCGUAAUUACACAUUUGAACUAAGGAAGGUAAAUCUGUCUCCAGACAACUUCACUCGUCAAGUAUGGUCGGUGAAUGGACAGUAUCCUGGUCCCUUGAUUCGCGCAAAUAUUGGUGAUACACUUAACAUCACUGUGAUCAAUAUGCUUGGCGAUCCAACCUCAAUUCACUAUCACGGACUUGAACAAAGAAACACUAGUUGGUAUGACGGCGCUCUUGGAGCCACCCAGUGUCCAAUUCCUAGCGGAGUCAACUUUUCAUACGUAUUUAACCUCACCCAGUCUGGGACUUAUUGGUAUCACUCCCACUUUUCCGCGCAAUAUGUUGACGGUUUAAAGGGACCAAUUGUUAUUCACGAUCCAAAUGAUCCCCACAAGAAUGAAUCCGAUUUUGAAUAUGUGAUGACGGUUUCUGAUUGGUAUCACACCCCAACUGGCGACCCAGGCAUGCUGCCACGAUUUCGUAGAAAAAAUUAUGUCGGAUUCGACCCUCUCCCUGAUUCUGGUGAAAUCAGCGGCGUUGGGCAUUACAACUGUACCAUUCCAACAUGUAACCCCAACAAAUUCGCCACAUAUAGCGUACAAAGUGGUAAACGAUAUAGGUUUAGGAUAAUUAAUAUGAGUGCGAUGACACACUUUAGAAUUUCCAUUGAUCAACAUCCACUCACCAUCAUUGAAGUUGAGGGAACGCCAAUCAAACCGGUCACGGUUUACUCAAUUCCAAUUAACAUUGCUCAAAGAUACUCGGUAAUAGUUGUGGCUAACCAAUCAGUCGGGAAUUAUUGGAUUCGAGCAAAUCUUUCACAUUGUAGUCUACCAACGGAUAAUUUUACGAUAAAUAAUGAAACGCCUGUAUUUGCGAACGACCAGAUCACUGGCAUUCUUCGCUACGAUGGUGCACCCCUCACUAACCCCACUUCUCAACCAUAUCCCACUAAUACUUCUAACUGUCAUGAUCCCGACAACUCUAUCUUGAAACCCCUGAACCCACCGAGCCCAGCAGUGCCACAAGGGACGAAUAUCACACGGAUUAACCUUGAGAUUGCCGUUCGAUAUCGACAAAUGAGUGGAAAUAAUAUUAUGUUUUUUGGAAUGAUCAACAACUCCACAUACCAUCCAUCUCUUGCUUAUCCAUCUAUUCAAAAGGUCAUUGAUAAUUCUAGCUUCGGCAGCUCUGACAAUGCCUAUACCUAUAAUAUCUUCAAUGAGCCUAUUGAAAUUCUUCUGAAUAAUACUGAAAACAGAACUCAUCCCUUUCAUAUGCAUGGACAUACGUUCUGGGUCGUGGCUCAAGGCGAAAUAGGCAGUUACAACCAACCCCUUAGUUCUUUAAAGUAUGAUUAUGACAAUCCUACUCUUCGAGAUACAUUAACUGUUAAUGAGCUUAGUUUGUCAGUAAUCAGGUAUUACGCAAACAACCCAGGCGUUUGGUUGAUCCAUUGUCACAUCGAAUGGCAUAUCGAAAUCGGAAUGGUUGCUCAGUUGGUUGAACUGCCAGAUGCAUUUCGAAGUCUUGCCAUUCCUGAUAACCCAUCGAUAAGGUCUGUAUCCCAGAAAAUCCGAAUAUUUGGUCAAUUAAACGAAAACAACUUCGACGAUAGUGACUGUUGGAACGACCAAGGCAUAUGA